AUGUUUCUUCUUCAGAUUCGUGCUGCUGUACCAUCUCGAUCGAAAGUAGAAGCAGUUGUAGAUGCGGUAAAGCACCAUUUGCUGAGAAGCUUGACUGCAAGAGCAGAGCUUCAGUACGAAUCAAUGGAUAUUGUCGAGGAAGGCAGUGCAGCGCCAUGUUCUGUGCAUCAAAUGCCUCGACCGGCUACUACAGUACUUCCCAAUCAUCCAGCGAUCCUCCUUUCGGAUUAUUUGUUUGAGGCAGACACCACUGAAGACGCUCAAAAGAAUUUUGACGAGCUACUGGGGUUGAAAACUAGUGUC